UUUAGUAAAGCCGAAAACAGUACUAGUGAGAUGGCUUUCCUUGGCCGUUACUUACUUAUUACAAGCAUAUUUGUCGUCCCUGACUGCAUUGCAUCUGAAGGAUCGUAAGUGUCGGUUUUCUCUCUCUUCCCACAAUCCCCCUCUCUCUCUCUUCCUCUCUCUCUAUCAGUUUCUCUAAUGGAUGGCUCUGAAAAUGAAUUAAACAUACGGCAACUGCUCUGAGAUCAUACAGUUUUGUUCCCAGGAACCGGAGCUCCGUCAACCUCAAGUCACAGGAAGUAAGGUAUUGAGUGAUGUUAUAAUAUUCCCAUUUGGUGGCGCCGUAAUGGAGUUGUUUACUGUUGUUCGCUUCAAUUGUUGGAGAGCAUGCCUUUUUGGCUGGUUUUGGAUUGCAAUUUUGCUCUUGCUUCAUGGCAGUAAAGAGGUGUUAUCAGAUCCCAACUAUUUGAUUGGUCUCGGGAGCUAUGACAUUACCGGUCCGGCGGCUGACGUCAACAUGAUGGGAUAUGCUAAUACAGAGCAGAUUGCAUCCGGUAUUCACUUCAGGCUUCGAGCGCGCAGCUUUAUCAUUGCGGAGCCGCAGGGAAAACGUGUGGUGUUCGUGAAUCUUGAUGCUUGUAUGGCCUCACAAAUUGUGGCGAUUAAAGUUCUAGAGAGGUUGAAAGCAAGGUAUGGGGACCUGUACACUGAAAAGAAUGUUGCUAUCAGUGGAAUUCAUACCCACGCUGGUCCUGGGGGUUAUCUCCAAUAUGUUGUGUAUAUUGUAACAUCCCUUGGAUUUGUUCGCCAGUCAUUCGAUGUCCUUGUUGAUGGCAUUGAGAAAAGCAUUAUACAAGCUCAUGAAAAUCUUCGUCCAGGAUCAAUUUUUAUAAACAAGGGAGAGCUCCUAGAUGCUGGUGUAAAUCGCAGUCCUAGUGCUUAUCUUAACAAUCCUGCAGAAGAGCGCAGUAGAUACAAGUACGAAGUUGACAAAGAGAUUACCCUUUUAAAGUUUGUUGAUAAUCAGUGGGGUCCAGUGGGUAGCUUUAAUUGGUUUGCCACUCAUGGAACUUCUAUGAGCCGCACAAAUUCAUUAAUAAGCGGGGACAACAAGGGUGCUGCUGCACGCUUUAUGGAAGACUGGUUUGAGCAGAGUGGUGUUAGAAAGAUGUAUUCUGAUGAAUCUGGUCAAAAACGAAUUCCUCGAAGAGUCUCGGAUAUAAUUUCUAACCAACCCAAUAAUCACCAUGAGUUACUAGAGCUUGCUGCGUCCUUCCAGUCUCCUCCUGGUAAACCAGCAACUAGGACUUUGAGUGUUGCAAGACGUGUUAGGGGUGCUCUCAGGCAGGCUGACAAACCUGCUUUUGUAUCUGCAUUUUGCCAAUCAAACUGCGGCGAUGUUAGCCCAAAUGUUCUUGGAGCUUUCUGUAUAGACACUGGGCUACCUUGUGACUUCAAUCAUAGUACCUGCGGGGGAAAGAAUGAGUUAUGCUAUGGCAGAGGACCUGGUUACCCUGAUGAAUUUGAGAGUACACGUAUUAUUGGAGAGCGGCAAUUCAAAAAAGCUGUAGAUCUUUUCGGCAAAGCGUCUGAAACGCUAAAAGGCAAGAUUGACUAUCGUCAUGCUUAUAUAGACUUCUCCCAACUUGAAGUAAAAAUCUCCAAACAGGGUGGAGAUGCUAAGGUGGUAAAAACGUGUCCUGCUGCAAUGGGGUUUGGAUUUGCGGCUGGAACAACUGAUGGACCUGGAGCUUUUGAUUUUAAGCAAGGUGAUGAUAAGGGAAAUCCUUUCUGGAAGUUGGUGCGCAAUGUGCUGAAAACUCCAGACAAGAAACAAGUUGAUUGUCAACACCCAAAGCCAAUCUUGCUUGAUACUGGUGAAAUGAAGCAACCAUAUGAUUGGGCGCCUUCUAUACUUCCAAUCCAGAUCCUCCGGAUAGGGCAGCUUGCCAUUCUGAGUGUACCUGGAGAAUUCACAACAAUGGCUGGUCGGCGUCUUCGUGAUGCAGUAAAGACAGUGCUAAGUAGUGGUAGUAAGGGAGAAAACCUUCAUGUUGUUAUAGCAGGGUUGACUAAUUCCUACUCACAAUAUGUAACUACUUUUGAAGAGUACGAGGUGCAAAGAUACGAGGGUGCCUCCACUUUGUAUGGACCACACACAUUAAGUGCCUACAUUCAGGAGUUCAAGAAGCUUGCCGGUGCUCUCAUUACCAACCAGCCUGUUGAACCGGGGCCGCAGCCUCCAGAUCUCCUGGAUAAGCAAAUAAGCUUACUUAUGCCAGUCAUGAUGGACUCGACUCCACGCCGUGCCAAUUUCGGAGAUGUCAUUUCUGACGUUCUGCAGAACUCUACCUUUAAGAGAGGUGAAAUAGUGACGGCAGUCUUCUGGUCUGCUUGCCCACGGAAUGAUCUCAUGACUGAAGGUACAUUUGCACUUGUGGAGAUCCUUGAAGGAAAAGAUGACUGGGUUCCUGCUUAUGAUGAUGAUGAUUUCUGCCUGCGCUUCAUAUGGUCAAGACCCGCCAAACUUAGUGCUCGAAGUAAGGCAACCAUAGAAUGGAGAAUCCCUAACUCUGCAACUCCUGGUGUGUACAGAAUCAGACAUUUUGGUGCCUCGAAGAGCCUUUUCGGAUCAAUUCGUCAUUUCACGGGUUCAUCUAGUGCUUUUGUGGUAGCAUAAGAAAAGCCUUUGUGUAUGAAGCUGUCAGCUUACAUAAGCGUUUACUAUGGGUUCCUUUGGCGUUGAAUGAUCUAUAGUCCUGAAUUUGUAGUAUUAAACUCACACUUUAUUACAAUUUCUCAGCUUGUCGGCUAAUUUGUUAAGACAGUUAUAACCUUUAC